GCCUAUCAGCUGAUGAUGGCCGCAGGAAGGUGGGCCUGGAAGAUAACAGCUAGCAGGCUAAGGCCAGACACUGACACUUGCAGUUGUCUUUGGUAGUUUUUCUGCACUAACUUCAGGAGACAGCUCGUGAUCUCAGGAUGUAUGGAAAAAUAAUCUUUGUAUUACUGUUGUCAGAAAUUGUGAGCAUAUCAGCAUUAAGUACCACUGAGGUGGCAAUGCACACUUCAACCUCUUCUUCGGUCACAAAGAGUUACAUCUCAUCACAGACAAAUGAUAAGCACAAAGGGGACACAUAUUCAGCCACUCUUGGAGCUCAUGAAGUUUCAGAAAUUUCUGUUAUAAAUGUUUACCCUCCAGAACAGGAUAACGGAGAAUGGGUACAACCUGUCCAUCCUUUCUCUAGACCAGCUCCUGUAGUGAUAAUACUCAUUAUUUUGUGUGUGAUGGCUGGCGUUAUUGGAACAAUCCUCUUAAUUUCUUAUGGUAUUCGCCUACUGAUGAAGGUACCCUUUAGAAGCCUCCAAUUGGCUACAGCCUAUGAAGGAUUGGCCUGUGACCAAUCAGAGGCUGAAGUGGAGGCUUAA